CCAUACUAGUGCUGAGUGGUGUUCGCCAGAGGAAGCACAGAGAGCGGUGCAGCGCAGAGCAGUCAGCCGGGCCGAGGAGUGCAGAGUGCAGUAUGAGAUAUGAAGCUCAGCGCUCGGAAAUAGGCUAGCAAUACGCUAACCUCUACCUUAACCGUUACCAUUAUCAGCCUUCCGUGGGACACACCGACCAAUUCUGGACAGGUAUUUGGGCUGGCCACAACUGUUCCCUUGGCCAGCGACUGCAGUGUUCGGUGGUAAAUGUGACCAAACAAACCAGCUCAUCCAACCUCACCAUGGUUGAGGAACGGGGAAAGUAUGACUUUUACAUCGGCCUUGGUUUGGCUGUUAGCUCCAGCAUUUUCAUCGGAGGAAGCUUCAUCCUCAAGAAGAAGGGACUGCUACGGCUGGCCAAGAAAGGAUCGAUGCGAGCAGGGCAAGGAGGUCAUGCAUAUCUCAAGGAGUGGCUUUGGUGGGCGGGUUUACUGUCAAUGGGUGCUGGGGAGGCGGCUAACUUCGCUGCCUAUGCGUUUGCUCCGGCCACGCUGGUCACCCCCCUGGGAGCCCUCAGCGUACUGGUCAGCGCGGUGCUGUCCUCGUACUUCCUGACCGAGCGGUUGAACCUGCACGGUAAGCUGGGCUGUGUGCUCAGCAUCCUCGGCUCCACCACCAUGGUGAUCCACGCUCCAAAGGAGGAGGAGAUCAGCAGUCUGGAGCACAUGGCGGUCAAACUGGUGGAUCCAGGCUUCCUGGUGUUCGCCAUGCUGGUGAUCAUCGUGGCCUUGAUCUUCAUCUGCGUGGUGGGCCCGCGCCAGGGCCAGACCAACAUCCUGGUGUACAUCACCAUCUGCUCCGUGAUCGGGGCCCUGUCCGUGUCCUGCGUGAAGGGCCUGGGCAUCGCCAUCAAGGAGGCCGUCGCGGGGCAGCCGGCGAUGAGCAACCCCCUGGCGUGGGUCCUGCUGCUGAGCCUGGUGGCGUGCGUCAGCACGCAGAUCAACUACCUGAACAAGGCGCUGGACAUCUUCAACACGUCGCUGGUCACGCCCAUCUACUACGUGUUCUUCACCACCUCGGUGCUCACCUGCUCCGCCAUCCUCUUCAAGGAGUGGGAGCACAUGGGCGCCGCCGACGUCAUCGGCACGCUGAGCGGCUUCCUCACCAUCAUCGUGGGCAUCUUCCUGCUGCACGCCUUCAAGGACGUGAACGUCAGCCUGUCGGCGCUCGCCGUGGCCAUUCGCAAGGACGAGCGGGGCGGGCCGGGGUUCCCGGCGGCCAACGGCGUGGGGCAGCAGCACGGCUGCGGCUAUGAACUCCUGAAGGAGACCAGCGAGGAGCUGGACAGCCGGGACAUGGGCUUGUCCUUCGACAGCAUCUCGCGGAGGAACGGCGCCAUGAGCUCCUCGUAAGGGGCUGCCUGGAAGGGGCUCCGCUACCACCACCACUACGACUACUAUUACUACUGACUCGGUUUCCAAGGCAACGGGGUGGGAGACUGAGACAAUCUGAGGGAGGGAGGGAGGGAGGAGCGGGGGCACAGUGUCUUGGAUGGACCAAUCGAUUGUAUUUUGAUUUAAUUUGCCUUAAGUUUUUCAUAUCAUAACAUAAUUAGUAUAGCGUUUGGACUUUGGUUUAAUUCCUGUGUAGCUCUGUAUACCAGGUUCUUGUUUUUCUGAAAACCUUUUUGUUUGUGUAUACUACAUACCCAUGCACUGGGUGCUUUCUAUUAUCCAUCAACUUUAAGAAGUUGAGGUCCUGCUGAUUUACAGAGUUAUUUAUGGAGAAGACAUUGUUGAGAUAUGCGUUAAUUUCGUACUUGGAAACGGUACCAUCUAUUUACGUUGGAUGACACAGUGGUCCAUUUUUUUGUAAUGUUUACAUAAAAAGCGUGCAAAAAUCAACCAAUGGAUUUGUUACAUAUUUAUUAAUUUAAAAUUAAUAAAACAUUUUAGACAAGGCACUGUGAAUAAAUGCUGACCCUGGCUACGAAUGCGGUUAUCAGGCUCAUUUUAAAAUGUUAAGUUCAGCAUGCAAUUUUUAGCAAUAUAGAAAAUACAAUUUACGUUCAUCCCCCACUAAAAACAGGUCACCCUAUACCUUUACCAAUCCAACUCCCACCACGGCAAACCCUUAAAUAUUUGAUAAAAGUACCCCCUUAUCUGCCUCCCCAACAUGUAUAAAACAAAAGAAUAUAUAGCUAGUCAUUUUUAAUAAGGCACGAGUGAAUACAAAAAAAAAAAGUCAUACAUAAUGUCACCCUACUUCCUGGUGGUCCGUCGCUCCUCAGGAAAGAGGAUGUUGCCAUUAGAACAA